UCGCCCGCCUUCGGCAAGCGCGGCGAAAGGCCUGGAAAGGACCGGGGCACUGGCGGUGUCGUCCUGCUCCGGGCCCGGCCCGGCGGUGAACGCUCAGCGGCGAGCAGGACAUGGCCGCUCUGGGCAGAUCCUGUCAGGGUAUCCCCGCGGUCCCUGCCGUGGAGUUCCCCCAGGGCCCGGCCGCUGCCCCUGACCGCCACGGCCUGCCGGCUGCCGCACGGGAACAUCCGCAGCCCGGUGCUCUCGGCCACGACAGUCUCCAGCCCCCCGUGAUGAUAAUGGCAGGGAACGGGAACGACGGGGCAGUCGGCGGCGGUUCCUCCGGCCUCUAUCUGCAAAGCAGCUUCGACCUGGCCUCCCUGGCCGCGCUCGGCAGUUUCAGCCAGGGCUCGCCCGUGGCCCCGGUGGGAUCCUUCACCGCCGCCCGCCCGCCCGGCCUGCACCCGCCCCACAGCCAUGUCUCUGUUCGCUGUGGAAAGAAGCAUAAGCUAGAAGAAGAGGCAGAAGGUUGUCCUGUGAAGAAGAAGAGACUGACAGGAGCCAAAAAUUGCCCUUUGAAUCCCAACACUGAGGAGUGGAUUCUCUAUGCAGGUCAGCAGGCUGCUGGGGAGGUAGCAAGUCAUUAUGGUGACAGCAGUCCUGAAACUGCCGUGUUAGAAGUGCCCUGUGAAGAAAUGGAUCAGACAAUGGGGGAACAGCAAUGCGAGGUUGCUCGCAGGAAGCUUCAGGAGAUUGAGGACAGGAUAAUUGAUGAAGAUGAGGAAGUUCAUGCUGAUGGAAAUGUUAGCAAUCUGCCCACUCUUAUCCUGUCAGAUACCCUUAAAAAAGGGAUGAAGAGGGAUUUUGGUGAAGUCCUGACAAAGAAAAUAAUAGAAUCUAUGAGCCGUCCUUCUAUGGAGCUGGUGCUUUGGAAACCGCUUCCUGAAUUUCUUACAGAUAAACUGAAGUCUGUCUCUGUUAAGAACUUCAAGCAGCAGAGUACAGAAGGGUGUCAAGCUAAGCAGUCGACACAAAGAGCUGCUUUUGUCCCACAGACUGAAACAUUUCCUGAAUCACAACAGACUGCCAUGUCUCCAGAUCCGUAUGCUAGUCUGGGAAUCUCUGGGUGUGCGGAAGAAGAAAUGGAGUUGUAGAUGCCAGGUUAUAGACUGGAAGUGGUGAGCUUCUGAUGGGUUUUGUUGCUGUUCUUUUUUUAUUCCCUCUUCCUUUCUGGUUUGAUGUGUGAAUCUGAAGGCUUACUGUGUUUUUCCUACUAAUAGUCAUAAGAAGGCCAGACAUAACUUCAGGAAACUGACCCCCCCCAGAAUUUAUGUUAAAUACUUAUUUUUACUGGGAAGGUAAUCCAGAGGCCUUUUCAAACAGGGAAGUAGCUUUCCAUCUUGUUUAAUAGUGAAGUAUUCUCUUAAUUGUCCUCAGUAAACUACAAAAUUCAAACACUGAAUGUAACUGUGUCUUAUGCCACACCUUUCUUUCACUUACUGAGCCAUUAAGACUUUGGUGUGCAUACUACGCAUGCUUGGAUGGCAUAAUUUGAAUUACAAAAACAUAUGGGAAUGAAGAAAUACUUUUGAGUCUAGCCACAGAUAAAGCAAUCCCUAUGGAAAUAGAGCUUUUCACAGCAUGUCAUCUGUGGCUGGUUUGUGCUGGAUGUAAACUCAAAUGUAGAAAUUACACAUUCUGCAGCAUGUUAGGGAAGGAGUGUUAGAGCUGAGCGUAAGCCUCUUGCUUUGUAGCAAGCAAAACCAGCUACUAACCUGCAAGAUACCUAUGAACUUUAGUCAUUUUUGGUUCACUGGCUUCAAAAUUGUGCUUGUGGAUUUUUGAUGCCCUCUCCCCAAACAAUGCUAAGUCUGGAGAAAAGUGGUUCUGAGCCAGCUGAUUCAUAUUUUACAUUGUACUGCAAUUCUUUGUAUGCAUUGAGUUGCAAAGUCAGUUGAAGACAAUACAACUUUUGAUUAUAAAAAUGGCAUACUUUAAAUUUUGUAAACAUGGUAAGUAAAUCAGGUAACAGGGAACUGAUUUUCUACCCUGAAGAGGGUCAAAUGCUGAUUAUUGUCUCAAACACUGAGACUGCUGGCAUUAGUGGUAAAGUAAAAAAAGAUGUUUGACUUCUUCUUGAGGAGAAUCUAGACUUAAAACUUAAGCCAGAACAUGUGCCAUUAACAUAAUGUCAGAUAGUUUAUACAGUUGUAUGCCAAAAUAAUUUAAAUAGUCCUUAAAGAUUUACUGCUUGUACCUUUUGUCAACGCUCAACAGUUUCAUUAAGCUUAAAUCUUGAAAUAAGGCAGAGAACCUUAUCGUGUGUCUUUAAGUUCUUGAGCUUUCUCGGAGAUACCUGACUUGGGUUUUUUUGUAAGAAAUUAAUUUCUAGGUAGUAUGUUCAGUAUUAGCAUCCCAGCAUAUUUCUGACAUCUUGCUAACAUAAAGGAGAGUACACAGUAAUGCAUCUGUUUGCGUAAGAAAAACCUCCUCCUCUGCAAAACUGAUUAAAAAUCUUUACGAUUAUGUUGGGGGUUUUUUGUGUUGAAUAAUCCAUAGUCAGUAGUUCAAAAUCAAGCUUCUUUUUGCAGUCAUCCUUUCUUUUCUUUUGGAUGACGGAAGAAGCUUUGUUCCAAAGAUAACUCUAUUUGUUAAAACCUAUUUAUCUUGUUGCUCUUGUCAGAGGUUGUGUGAAAUUUACUCUCUUGCUAAAACGUUUCAGAGCUUCACUAAAAACAUUCCAACAAUUGAACAAUUAUUACUCUAGAAACUGGUGUGUUACUUUUUAUUACUUUUACUAAACUGAAGAAUGUGUGCAGCUUUUUCUUGCUAUUACACCUAAUUUCUGCAAUCAAUCUCUCCUGCAUGUACAAUGUAAAGUUUCUCACAUAGUACUAUUUAAGCUGCUGAAAAUGCUUAAAUCUACAGCUUUUGUCAUGCAACAUUGCUUGAGUAUAGAGUAGAGCAGUGCAGUUUGGAGAAGGCUGUAGUAACUGUGGGUAGAAAAUGUGGCAUCUCCAAACAAUUACCUCUUUUUAAGUUUGCAGGAUUAUAGGGAAAGUUCAAGGUUGGAACUGUUUUAGUUGGUAGCUCUGAAUCCUAUAUAAACUGAAGGAUAAAAAAAAAA